AAAGUAAGGACAAAUUUCACCGUAGAAUUAUUCUCUGAUUAAAUGCUCAAUUGUAGUACUGUCAAUAUCAGCAGCCAAGAGUGGGCCUCCAGGAACCAAUUUUUAUGCUCACGACCUUCAUGACAUAUUGUACCUUCUCCAAGUUAACCUCUGGGAAUAGACCUGAAUGAUUUUCAGGCUGUUUUUUCUACUGUUUGCAUAAAUAGCAUAACAUUCAAUAAUACUGUCAAUAGUCAUCUCCCGCUACCUCCAAGUUCUUCGAUAGCUGGAACCUAUUGUGGUUGCAACUUGCCGAAGCCAAAACCAAAGCAUAGAUGGCAUGCCGGUCCUUUACAGCACAUCUUUGGUCACAUUAGAGUUACAAUCAUUGUGACUGUAUGUCCCUUGUUCUGUUUAAGGGAAUCAGAGUCACUGGAGGAGAACAUGCAAACUCCACACAGGGUGCACCCAAGUUUGGACGUGAAACGGGACAAAGAUUUCUUCAAAGUGGUGCUGACAUUAUCACAACAGCAACAUAUCAGGCAAGUAUUGAGGGUUUUGUGAAGUAUCAGGGACUAAGUUUGGAGCAAGCGAAGACAAUUAUGAUGUCUGCAGUUCAAAUCGCUAAAGAUGCAAUACAAGAUUUCUUGCCCUUUUGUCAAAAAUCAGGAAGAAUGAAACCUUUAGUAGCUGGCUCAGUUGGUCCUUAUGGUGCAUUCCUACAUGAUGGAUCAGAGUUUACAGGGGCAUAUGAGGAACAAAUUAGUCAAGAGGAAUUCAAAAACUGGCAUCGACAACAGAUCCAGUGUUUAGUAUCAGCAGGAGUUGAUUUACUUGCAAUGGAAACAAUUCCUAGCCAGAAAGAAGCAGAAGCAUUAGUGGAUCUGCUAAAAGAGUUUCCUGAUACCAGAGCUUGGCUGUCAUAUUCAUGCAAGGAUGAGCAGUGCAUUUCCCAUGGUGAAAGAUUUGCUGAUGCUGUGAAGGUAGCAAGCAGAUCAAAGCAGCUAAUAGCUAUUGGUCUAAACUGCUGCUCACCAGCUUCUGUCAGUCCACUCCUGGCUUCAGCUGUAAAGCCUCCUGAUUUAGUUUGGAUUGUAUACCCAAACAGUGGAGAGGAAUGGGAUGUUGACAGUGGAUGGAAAUCUGAGAAAAGACCACAUUCUAUUGCUGAUUUGAGCUUAGAAUGGGAAAAACAGGGAGCUGGACUGAUUGGCGGAUGUUGCCGAAUCACUCCCUUGGACAUUGCAGAGUUAAGGCAAAGAAUACACCAGCGUCAUAGCUGAAGAUUUGAAGACAAUUUAGUGUUUAAAUGUGCCAAUACUGAAAUAAGAAAAAUUAAAUAAAUUAUAAAUAUUCACUAGGAAGUAAACUUCUAUAAAGACACAGUUUCAAUUUGUAUCUUGAAAUUAAACUCCAUUUAUUCUACCACUAAAAGGCAGAACAUACAGACAUAUACAUGCAUUUCUGUUUUAUUAUACUAUACCAAAUAAAAUGUCUUAAGAACUUCA